UGCAUAUUUUCAUUUUUGGAAGCUGCAGGCAACUCCUCAGGUUUCACAAUGGCGGACGAGUAACCUCCUGCUCCAUUGCCCCCUCGAGUGCAAGCCAAGCCGAAGUCAAAGAUUUCUGCAUCUCGAAAACUUUCCUUGAAGAUCCUUUUGCUCCAAAGAGCCAUGGAUGAGUUGGAACAGGAGAAGGUCAAUCGUGAUGAGGAGAAGGUGAAAUAUCUGAGUGAUAAGCUUCCACCUCUUCAGAUCACCAGCCUUUCAAUGGAGGAGUUACAGAAACUAUGUCGACAACUCCAUGCCAAAAUCGAUGUAGUGGAUGAGGAGAGAUACGACUUUGAGGCUAAAGUGAAUAAAAACAACAGAGAUAUCCAUGAGCUGAAGCUGAAGGUGCAAGAUUUAGGAGGGAAGUUUAAGAAACCUGCCCUGAGGAAGGUGCGUGUGUCUGCGGAUGAGAUGAUGAGAGCGCUGCUGGGCUCCAAACACAAGGGCUCCAUGGAUCUCAGAGCCAACCUCAAAUCUGUGAAGAAAGAAGACAUUAAACAAGAGAAGGUUAUAUCGACGGAGGUGGGCGACUGGCGUAAGAACGUCGAGGCCAUGUCUGGUAUGGAGGGCAGGAAGAAGAUGUUUGAUGCUGCUGGAGGAGGACAGUAAUAGCAAAGAGUCUGUAUAAUUGUCUAUAUGUGUAUGUGUGUGCAUUUGCUAUUAGUGACAGGUGAAAUCAAAAUGAAGAUAAUUGCCUGUAAUGAGUCACCAGUAAAAAAUAAACAAUAUGCAUUAAUACGAAUCUCUAAAGAAAGCUUGUAAUUAUAUGAAUAUGGAAAUGUUUAAUGCUACUUCGUUGUAUACUAUUUACCCACUUAAGGUUAAUAAAAUGUUGAUCGUGCUAAAAUCGCAUGCUUUAUUAUGACUACA